AUGGCAAGCUCCAUCCAGCAUGACGUCGCCGAAGACGCCGGCCUCCCAGUCAUCUCCGUCAAGGACCUGCUGAACGAUGAUAGGAAAGCUGCACAAGACCUCUUCCAGGCAUGCACUUCCCUGGGUUUUUUUUAUCUGGACUGCAGGGACCAUCCAUCGGGUCAAUUGAUAGAUCAAAUCCGCGAGGUCGCUGAGACAUCUCUGCGGUUCUUUGAUCUGCCGCAGUCGGAAAAGGAUCAGUGGGCAUCGGACUGCAACUCCUACGAUGACGAACAAGAGUACAGUUUCAUGUACAAACCAGCGGGAAGAAGAACAGGUGUAGUGGAAGGGAAGAAAGACGGAUGGGAAGGCAUCCUGCUAUUUGAACAUGCGCUGAGCCAGUACAGGAGAGAUGUUUCCCUUCCGGGUCCGGCAUCUUUCCAAAAUGCCCGAUCUCUCCUGGAAACUACAAACACCUAUUUGGGCGACAUCGGGCGGACGGUGCUAGAUAGUCUCUCGCGGUCGAUGAAUCUAGAUCCUUCCCAUAGCCUUGCCCGGUAUCAUAAAAAAGACUUCGCGUCGCCCACCUCUUUAGAAAUCUUGAAGUAUCUCCCCUACACACCGGAGAGUGAGAAAGUUGGCCACGUCCCGCAUACAGACAUGGGAAGUCUCUCAAUGGUGUUUGCGGAAGUGGGCGGCCUCCAGGUGUUCCAUCCUGGAAAGAACGCGUGGACAUUCAUCGAGCCGAAACCCGGACAUGCUGUUUGCAAUAUUGGAGACUCAGUUGAGUUCCUCUCUGGGAACACUCUGAAGUCUUCUUUGCAUAGAGUAGUCCCGGACCCCCGCCAGAAAGACCGGAUCAAGUUGUCCGUCGUGUACUUGAUGAGGCCUGAUACGGACACAGUGUUUGUUGACAGGGAAGGUAGAGAAUGGAAGAGUGUCGACUGGGGUAAUAUGAAAGGCAAACUGUUCCUAGAGGCCGGCAAUGCCGCGCCGUCCAGCACUGUGUUGACCGGCCGGAAAGGCCACAAGGAGUUCUGGGAGGAUAGCAAGAUGGUGACGGCGGUAUAA